AUGAGCCUCACAUACAAAGUUCUUCAAUUCGUGUUUAUCCCCGGCUGGAGCCUCUUGCCGACCAAACUGCAGAAGAGGAUGAAAGAAAUUGACCACAAAGUAAGAGGAUUGUUGGAAGACGUAGUGACCAAAAGAGAGAAGGCAAUGAAGGAAGGAGGAGUAGAUGAAGACGAUCUGUUGGGACUGUUGCUAAAAUCAAACAUGAAAGAAAUUCAAGAAUCCGGGCAUCAAAAGGGUAUGAGCAUAGAGGAUGUGAUUCAAGAGUGCAAAGCGUUCAACCUAGCGGGUCAAGAGUCGGCUUCUGUUUUGCUGACUUGGACUCUGAUUUUGUUGAGCAAGUACCAAGACUGGCAAGACAGAGCAAGAGAGGAAGUUCUGCGAGUUUACGGCAACAACAAACCUGAUUUUGAUGGGUUGAGCCGACUAAAAAUUGUAAGCAUGAUACUGAAUGAGGUGCUUAGGUUAUAUCCGCCUGUAUUUAUGACGAUGAGAACAGUUCACAAGAAAACCAAGUUGGGAGAUAUUCAAAUACCUCCAGGAGUUUUGCUUUUUGUGCCCAUUAUCCUGAUCCACCAUGAUCCAGAGAUUUGGGGUGAUGAUGCCAAAGAGUUCAAUCCGGACAGAUUCUCUGAGGGAGUCUCAAAAUCAACCAAGAAUAAGCUCUGCUUUUUCCCUUUCGGUUCGGGCCCUAGAACUUGCAUUGGCCAAAACUUUGCUUUCCUUGAAACCAAAGUAGCUCUGACCUUGAUUUUACAGAGUUUCAAAGUGCAGCUGUCUCCUUCUUACAAGCAUGUCCCUAUUCCUUUGUUCACUAUUCAUCCCCAAUAUGGAGUCCCCUGA